CAGACACUUACAGGGACUUGACUCUCCUUUUGAAGACUGCUCCUCUUCUGUUUUCCUCUUCUCAGAGAGUUGACAACCACUGCAAACAUAAUGAAGAAGGCAUACUCAGUCUCUGGCUAUGGCAGCAGCACCAGGAGGUCCUUUGCACCAACUAGCAGCUACUCCGUACAAAGAUCCAGUUAUAGUAGUGGUGGUGGAGCCAGAGCUGGUUCCAUCAUGUCUUCAAUGGGUGGUGGUGGUGGUUAUGGUAGUGGUUAUGGUGGUGGUUAUGGCUUUUCUUCGAGCCAAGCAGGCGGCUUCAUUCCUCCACCGAUCACCACUGUCCAAGUCAACCAGAGCUUGCUGACUCCAAUGAACUUGGAUAUUGACCCAUCCAUCCAGGUUGUCCGUACCCAGGAGAAGGAGCAGAUCAAGACCCUCAACAACCGCUUCGCCUCCUUCAUUGACAAGGUUCGUUUCCUGGAGCAGCAGAACAAGAUGCUGGAGACCAAAUGGAGCCUCCUGCAGGACCAGACCACCACCCGCUCCAACAUCGAUAGCAUGUUCGAGGCGUACAUUGCCAACCUGCGCAGACAGCUCGACGGGCUGGGCAACGAGAAGGCCAAGCUGGAGGGAGAGCUGAGGAAUAUGCAGGGCCUGGUUGAAGACUUCAAGUGCAAGUAUGAAGAUGAAAUCAACAAACGUUCAGUUGCAGAGAACGAGUUUGUGCUCCUUAAGAAGGAUGUUGAUGGUGCCUACAUGAACAAGGUGGAGCUGGAGGCCAAAGCUGAUGCUCUUCAGGAUGAGAUCAACUUCCUCAGGGCCGUCUAUGAGGCUGAGCUCCGUGAACUGCAGGGCCAGAUCAAGGACACCUCCGUCAUCGUAGAAAUGGACAACAGCCGUCACCUGGACAUGGACUCCAUUGUGGCUGAAGUGCGUGCUCAGUAUGAAGACAUUGCCAACCGCAGCAAGGCUGAAGCAGAGACCUGGUACAAACAGAAGUAUGAGGAGAUGCAGAGCUCUGCUGGACAGUAUGGUGACGACCUGCGCACAACCAAGGCUGAGAUGUCUGAACUGAACCGCAUGAUUUCCCGUCUUCAGAAUGAGAUUGAGUCUAUCAAGGGACAGAGGGCCAACCUUGAGGCUCAGAUCGCAGAGGCUGAGGAGCGUGGUGAGCUGGCAGUGAAGGAUGCCAAGCUCCGCAUCAGGGACUUGGAGGAUGCUCUGCAGAGAGCCAAGCAGGACAUGGCCCGCCAGGUACGCGAGUACCAGGAGCUGAUGAACGUCAAGCUGGCCCUGGACAUUGAAAUUGCCACCUACAGGAAACUGCUGGAAGGAGAGGAGAGCAGACUGACCAGCGGAGGUUCAACCGCCACCAUCCAUGUGCAGCAGUCCUCUGGAGGUGGUGGAUUCUCCAGCUCCGGCGGUGGAUUCGGCUACAGCGGUGGCAGCUACAGUGGCAGCAGCAGCUACGGCGGCGGCAGCGGCUUCGGUGGAAGCAGCGGCUACGGUGGCGGUUAUGGUGGUACUGUUACCAAGUCCACAGUCUCAUCAACCAGUUCCAGGAGAGCCUAUUAAAAAGGAGAGCCAUCCCUCUUCCCCUUCAGAAACCCUUGAGUUUGAUUUAAAUCUGUACAGGCUCAUGGUGCUAUACAAUACUGUUAAGCAUGACCAACAAUACAGCUUAAUAAAUUGUGUUACACUGCUACCAGUUGUGUUUCAAACAUCCCUGGUGGCUUUCUUACUCUGUUAUGUUUAACAUCAUCAACAAGAGUUUCUGAAGGUAAACAUGGCCUUAGACAAACAUGGGCCAGGUAAGCUCUUUCUGCUCUGACAUGUAACAAAUAAGAAAAAAAACACAAAGGUUUUGAUGAAGUGUUAAAACUAAGCAAGAGACAUUUGAAAAUAUGUACUCAAUCUCAGAUGUUUUUUUUACUGUAGUGCUCUGAUGAACUCUUCUGAAAUAAAAUCCUGUAGUGACAUGUACAGGAUGAUUAACCAAA